UUCUCAGAUAUUCUCUCUCUUUUUUUCUUUUUCCUGGGAAAUAAAGUUUUCGUUUUUUUUGUUUGUUUGUUGGGUUUGAGAGGGAGAGAUAAUUUGGUUGUAGAGGAGACGACGAAGGAAGAAGAUUUGGGGGUUUUUGAAUCCAUUCUCAUUACCCUAUUAACCCACCACCAAACUCUUUUCAGGAUUCUAAGUGAGAGAAGAAACUUGAAAUCUCUGAUUUUUUUUUUGGAUAUGUCGAGCUCAGCCGCUUCCUUGUGUUGUUCAUCAACUCAGGUCAAUGGGUUUGGUCUUAGGCCUCAAAGGUCCCUUCUUUACCAACCCACUUCCUUUUCUUUCUCCAGAAGGAGAACUCAUGGAAUUGUCAAGGCUUCAGCUCGGGUUGAUAAGUUUUCCAAAAGCGAUAUCAUUGUUUCUCCCUCAAUUCUCUCGGCUAACUUCGCCAAAUUAGGCGAGCAGGUGAAAGCAGUGGAGUUGGCAGGCUGUGAUUGGAUUCAUGUUGAUGUGAUGGACGGUCGUUUUGUUCCCAACAUUACAAUUGGACCUCUCGUGGUUGAUGCUUUGCGUCCUGUCACAGAUCUCCCGUUGGAUGUUCAUCUUAUGAUUGUGGAGCCUGAACAGAGAGUACCGGAUUUCAUCAAAGCCGGUGCCGAUAUAGUCAGUGUGCAUUGUGAACAGCAAUCGACCAUCCAUUUGCAUCGUACCGUCAAUCAAAUCAAAAGCCUAGGGGCUAAAGCUGGAGUUGUCCUAAACCCUGGAACCCCAUUGAGUGCAAUAGAGUAUGUCUUGGAUGUGGUGGAUCUGGUCUUGAUAAUGUCGGUCAACCCCGGGUUUGGUGGACAGAGCUUUAUUGAAAGCCAAGUAAAGAAAAUCUCGGACUUGAGAAAAAUGUGUGCAGAGAAGGGAGUAAACCCAUGGAUUGAAGUUGAUGGUGGUGUCACUCCGAAGAAUGCUUACAAGGUUAUUGAGGCUGGAGCAAAUGCUCUAGUAGCUGGAUCAGCUGUAUUUGGAGCUAAGGACUACGCAGAAGCUAUAAAGGGAAUUAAGGCAAGCAAGAGGCCAGAAGCUGUAGCUGUGUAAUGCGAAGAAACAAACAAGCGAGAAAAAGACUUUAUUAAACUUAGGAACAGUUAAGGUCAAAGACGAUCACCCAGUUGUUGUCAUUGUCUCAAGUCACCAUAAAAUCCAUAAGAAUCAACUCAAUAUGUCCAAUGUAGGCUCCUCUAUACUAUUUUGUACCAUUGUCUUGUAAAUUGCGGAUAUGCAGAUUUUCAUACAUUUUGCAAAUUGUAAUAAGAAAUAUGCUGUUACAUAUGUGUUUUUGACUUUGGAAAAUAAAGCAUUUUCAUU